AUGAUAGAGAAUAAAAGGUUUUGCGUGGACAGCUUUAGAGAGACUGCUUAUCGUAAACAGGCCGCUAAACAAGCGGCGUUACAGAAGACCCUUUCUGCCGCAUAUCUCAACCACCAAAUCUCAGAGCUCGAAUCGCGUGUUCAACAACAAUCAUUAUUCACCACCAACGAUCGUCCCUCUUUGGGAGAACAAGAUGUACCCUCGGGUCUUGAUGCCGAUCGAGACGUAGCUCAAAGAGGUAUGUUGAAUGGAGGUCGAAUAGGUGACAAUUUACAACACCAUGAUCACUUACGGAAAGAAGGUGUGACUCGGUAUGAGAAAGAUAAUUGGGGAAGGAUCGACGACGAUGAGGAUGAAAGUGAUAGUUUUAACAAAGAGGAAGAAGAUGUGGUAAGACAAAAAGAAGAAUAUUGGAGAGUGGUAGUGAUAGAUGCUUCUGCUUUGAUGUGGGCGUUAAAAUCGGUUAGGAGGUUGGUGGCGAAGGGUUACGAGGUGAUCGUUCCUCUUGAUUGUAUCCGUACUCUAGACCUCAUGAAAAAAGGCAUGUCCGCCAGUGCCGUCGCUGCACGCUCCGCGGCUCGCUACAUCGAACAUGCCACUCGUCAACAUAAGCACAUCUCCGCCGAUCCGAGUCUCACGAUUCAGCUAGGGACCAAUUACAAGAAAGGUCGAGGACUUCGAAUCCAACGAGAAGGCGAGACAGCCAAUCCUCAAACCCUCUCUCCGCUCCCCUUACCUCCCGACGCUCCUCUGGAAAAAUGGAUCGCGGCUGUUAUGGGCUGUGUGGCGUACUUCAAUGACAUCGACAGGGUUGAACUGGCGUCUGCUGUCAAUAGGCAUGGUGAUUCUGCUGAGGCAGUCAGACCAAUGUUGUACGUCGCCAAUCCACCUCUGGCGGUAGAAGCUGCGGAGUUGGAUAUGGAGGUCGAGAUCAAGUAUGUUGAACGAGGUGAAGGAUAUGCGUUGUCCCAAGAAGCAGAGAGGUUUGAGGUCGUUCUUGAAGUUUUGAGAGAUACCGAGAGCGAGGAAGGCUUUCAUACUCGUGGACGAGGCAGAGGUCGAUGGCAUGGAAGAGGAAGGGGCAGAGGAGGAUAUGAUGGUGAAAGAGGGAGAGGACGUGGACAUGGACGUACACAGUCUGGCGGUCAUCGAGGAAGGAAAGAAGAUGUCGAACCUGCCAAAGAGUACAAGAUUCUUCGAAGACCAGCAUCUGAUGAUGCUCCCGCCAACCCACGAGCUCCGACCACUGUAUCUGCGUCACAAGGAUCUCCUCAUGGAUCAUCCCCACAGCUACCGACAGGUCUGGAGAUAGAAGCCGCGACUAGUCCAGUCAUCCAUGCUACUCCUGAUCCCUCUCGAACCCCUGAUUUCUUACCCAUUUCGCCAGUGCCUCCGCCCCGCGCUCAGCCAGAGCGUCUAGACAAGGAGCCGAAAGAAUCAGGAAAACCGUCUUCCGAGCUCGACACUGAAGAGCGCAGAGGUAAUCGUCGGGGUGGACGUCGAGGGGGACGCACGAGAGGAAGGGGUAAAGAUAAGAAAGAUGGUCGACGCAGUCCUCAAUUUGAGCUUCUUCAACGACCUGAAGGUGCCACUCGCCCACCCCCUCCACCGCCGAACCAUCGACCUCUCACCCCACCGGGUCCUCGGAUUCUUGCCAGACCUACUGGUCUAUCGCCCCGCCUCCCUUCUUCUCCUUUCGGUCCUUCGCAUCGACCUCCUCCUGUCUUCUCUCACCCUCCGCCUCCGCCCUCACGAGAGGUCAUGCAUCAGCCGGAUAUGGGUCACUCGGGACAUCUGCAUCGAGGUCAUGCGCAUACCAACGGUCACCAUUCCCGUCCACGACCACCACCAGCAUUUCCGACUUGGGUCGAACGACCGUGGGGAGGUCAAUUGCAUAGAAAACCCUACGAGCAUCUGGACGAACCACCAACGGAGAGUAAAGUCGUACUUUUGCAAAGACCCAAAUGAUGGACGGAGCCGCAAUAUCAAAUAUUUGCAUCACAAAUCGACCACUUUGAUCCGAGGUCCUUUGCCGACCAUUCAAUUGGUGAAGCAUGGCUGUCAAACGUCACACCUCUCAGAAAUUGUGGGGCUGAUUCGUACGCAGUAGUCCGUCUUCCACGGUCACGUACCAGCUGGCCAUGCGCGUGUUGGAAUGCCGAGACCUGCAUGACGGCUCCGUUGCCGAUCGUCGAAAGAGAGAAAGCAAGUUGUUCUCAUAGCUGUGCAGGAGAACCCGUAUGCAUUAUUUUCAUAUUUCC